UACACGGGUAUAUACGGUACCUAUACGUGUAACAGAUGCGGUGUAAUUCCAGCAUCAUUUUCUAUUCUCACUACAGGCUCAUCAGGUCGCUGUGAGAAUUGUGUUCACCUAUUUCUGCUUAUUAUUAUAUCAGUGUUAGACAAUUGGAUAAAACAAAAUGCGUGAGUGUAUCUCCAUCCAUGUCGGACAAGCCGGGGUUCAGAUCGGCAAUGCAUGCUGGGAAUUAUAUUGUCUGGAACACGGAAUCCAGCCCGAUGGAACCAUGCCAAGCGAUAAGACAGUUGGAAGCGCAGAUGACUCAUUUAACACAUUUUUCAGUGAAACUGGGGCCGGAAAACAUGUUCCAAGAGCUGUCUUUGUGGACCUGGAACCAACAGUUGUAGAUGAAGUUCGUACGGGGAUAUACCGCCAGUUGUUCCACCCAGAGCAGUUGAUUACCGGUAAAGAGGAUGCAGCAAAUAACUACGCCCGUGGACACUACACAAUCGGCAGGGAGAUCGUUGAUCUGGUACUGGACAGAAUCCGCAAGCUGUCAGACCAGUGCACGGGACUUCAGGGGUUUCUCAUUUUCCACAGCUUCGGUGGCGGCACGGGUUCUGGAUUUGCUUCUCUCCUGAUGGAGCGUCUGUCCGUUGACUACGGGAAGAAAUCCAAACUUGAAUUCGCUGUUUACCCAGCUCCACAAGUUGCCACUGCGGUUGUUGAACCUUACAACUCAAUUUUGACCACACAUACAACUUUAGAACACUCAGACUGCGCAUUUAUGGUUGAUAACGAGGCCAUUUACGACAUCUGCCGUCGUAACCUUGACAUUGAAAGACCCAGUUACACAAAUUUGAAUCGUUUGAUUGGUCAAAUUGUUUCCUCAAUUACUGCGUCUCUACGCUUUGACGGCGCUUUGAAUGUUGAUCUGACAGAGUUCCAGACCAACUUGGUGCCCUAUCCACGCAUCCAUUUCCCUCUAGCGACCUAUGCCCCGGUAAUCUCCGCCGAGAAGGCAUAUCAUGAGCAGCUGUCCGUUGCAGAGAUAACAAAUGCAUGCUUUGAACCAGCCAAUCAGAUGGUAAAAUGUGACCCGCGUCACGGCAAGUACAUGGCAUGCUGUAUGCUGUACAGAGGUGACGUGGUACCAAAGGACGUCAACGCCGCGAUUGCUACAAUAAAAACCAAGAGAACCAUCCAGUUUGUCGACUGGUGUCCAACUGGUUUCAAGGUGGGAAUCAACUAUCAGCCACCGACGGCCGUGCCAGGAGGUGACCUUGCUAAAGUCCAGCGGGCCGUGUGUAUGUUGAGCAAUACCACAGCCAUCGCCGAGGCUUGGGCACGUCUUGACCACAAGUUUGAUCUUAUGUAUGCUAAACGAGCCUUCGUUCACUGGUAUGUUGGUGAGGGUAUGGAAGAAGGCGAGUUUGCCGAGGCCAGAGAGGACCUGGCUGCACUCGAGAAGGACUACGAGGAGGUCGGUGUGGACUCAGUCGAGAAUGAGGAAAUUGACGAAGAAGAAUACUAAAACGAUUUCCUAUUUGAUUUUGAUCCAGUUGUUAAUGUUUCAGUUUAAAACGAGAUGGUUUCUUAAACGUUUGAACGACCUCUUAGUGUGUGGUAUCAUAUCUUUACAAUAAAUCACUUUUUUCAGUGAAAAUGCAACAAAUCUUUAUAGCUAUGUUACGUUUUUGUAAAGUUCAUUUCAUGUUGUUGGACUCUUGAUAAAUGUCAUGAAAGGAUAAUUUUUAGAAAUAUAAAAGAUAUAAUUAAUUGUUACAAAAUCGUUGCAUUUUUUUUCAAGUUUGACACGAGAAUUUUUUUCCAAAUAAUGGCUUGUCUAACUGAAUAAAAUCUUAUGAAAAUUAUAAA